CGUAUGCUAAUUAGGGGUGUGGCUUGCAUGCUAAUUAGGGACGGGCUAUGAGGGUGGCGCAGCGCCCAGUAGCUCCCAGUAGCUCCCAGUUCAUCCCAGUUCCAUCUUUGUUCCCCCAUUUCCCUUUAGGCCUUCCCAGAUUUUUACAGAAUUUUCAUGCCAUUUUUCCCGCUCCAUCCCAGUGUUUCCCAGUUCAUUCGUUUCCCAUUAAACCCAGUUCCCCCAGUGUCUCCCCAGUUGCUCCCAGUCUGACCAUUGCUGCCCUCACAGGUGCUGGCGCCAUGGAGUACGAGCGCAGGGGUGGCCGCGGGGACCGCACCGGCCGCUACGGGGGCGCCCCUCCCCCCUCCGAGGACACCUCCCGCAGCCAGCGCGACCACGACUAUCGCGACAUGGACUAUCGCGGCUACGGGGGCCCUCCCGAGGGACCCCCCGCUGCUGGGACCCCCCCUCAGGGCUCGUACGAGCCGCCGGAGCCGCGGAAGCGCGAGGCCCCGCGGGAGGCGCCGGCGCUGCCCUUCGGUGCCGACAGCGAUUACCGGGACCAGGAUUACCGGGAGGGCCCCGAGGAGGAGCCCCGGGCCAGCACCAUCGUCAUGCUCAGGAUGCUGCCCCAGGCGGCCACCGAGAACGACAUCCGGGCCCAGCUGCAGGCACAGGGGGUGCAGCCCCGCGAGGUGCGGCUGAUGCGCAACAAAUCCUCAGGUCAGAGCCGCGGCUUCGCCUUUGUUGAAUUCCAUCACGUGCAGGAGGCGGCGCGGUGGAUGGAGGCGAACCAGGCCGGGCUGACCCUGCUGGGUCACCGCGUGUCCCUGCACUACAGCGACCCCAAACCCAAAAUCAACGAGGACUGGCUCUGUGCCAAGUGCGGGGUGCAGAACUUCAAGCGCCGUGAGAAAUGUUUCAAGUGCGGGGUCCCCAAGGCCGAGGCCGAGCAGAGGGGUCCGGGGGGUCCCAGGGCCGAGCUGGGCCCGGGGGGGGGAGGGGCGGGGCUGCUGCCCCUCCCCCAACCCUACGGAGCCAACCUGGGGGGGCCCCACGGGGGGAGCCAGGGGGGCAGCGAGCCCGGGGACAACGCCAAUGACACCAUCAUCCUGCGGAACCUGCACCCCCAGAGCAGCCUGGAGUCCAUCCUGGCCGCGCUCGCCCCCUUUGCCGCGCUCUCGGCCGCCAACGUUCGCGUGAUCAAGGAUCGGCAGACGCAGCUGAACCGCGGCUUCGCCUUCGUGCAGCUCAGCACCAUCGUGGAGGCCGCGCAGCUGCUGCAGAUGUUGCAGGCCCUGCACCCCCCCCUGCACAUCGACGGCAAGAGCAUCAACGUGGAGUUCGCCAAGGGCUCCAAGAGGGACGUGCAGGGGGCGGGGCCUGGGGAGGGGCCCCCCCGCGCCAGCGCCGCCUCCGUCGCCUCCACGGCCAUCGCUGCGGCACAGUGGGCACUGUCACAGGCCGCUCCCGGCUCGGACACGCCCUGGGCGGGGGGGGAGGAGCCCAGCUCCGACUUCAGCGGCUUCUACCAAUCAGAGGAGCCCUUCCCUGGGCCUGGCCCCGCCCUCUAUGGCCCCGCCUACCUGAAAGGAGCCUCGGCCCCGCCCCCCGGCCCCGCCCUGCCCGGCCCCGCCCCCACCAAGGCUGAGGGCCCCGCCCCAGGCCCGGAGGAGCCGCCCCAGGAGCCCGCGGGGGGUGGGGGAGGGGCCGCAGGGGGGGCGGGGCCUUUCCCCUCCCGAGCCCCCCCUGGCCCCGCCCCCUACCCCUCCCCCACCGCCGAGACCCCCGCGGGGGCAGCGCCGGGACCCCCCGGGCAGAGCUACUCGGGGUCUCUCAAGGCUGAACCCCCAAACUCGGCCCCGGCGGGGACCCCCCCGGGACCCCCCGGCAGCGACGGCUACGGGCAGUACCCCGUCCCUGACGUGUCCCAGUACCAGUACGACGAGACCUCGGGCUUUUAUUACGACCCCGUCACCGGGCUCUACUACGACCCCCACUCCCAGGUCUGGGUUAGCCCCCCCCGGGGGUUGGUGGCCGCUUACAGCGGGGAAGAGAGUGAGGAGGAGGGGGAGCGGGGAGCAGCCCCCGAGGAGCCCCUGACAGACUGGGCCAAGCUGGCCUGCCUGCUGUGCAGGAGGCAAUUCCCCAGCAGGGAGGCUCUGCUCAGGCACCAGCAGCUCUCUGGGCUGCACAAGCAAAACCUGGAGCUGCAGCGCCGGAGCCACCUGGGAGCCCCCGAGGGGACAGAGAGAGGGGACAGCGAGAUGAAGUACCGUGACCGCGCCGCCGAGCGCCGGGAGAAGCAGGGGGGGCCCGAACCCCCCGAACCCAAACGGAGAAAAUUCGGGGGGGCCCCAACGACCCCCGGGGACCCCGAGGUGCCGCCCCGCGAGCCCCCCCUGGGCUGUCGCCUGCUGCAGGCCGUGGGAUGGAGGGACGGCGGCCUGGGACGGAGGAGAGCAGAGGCCCCCCCCGGCCCCGCCCCGGGGGGGUCACGCGGUUCAGCGAGGGACCCUGAGGCCACGCCCACCACGAGACCACGCCCACAGCGAGACCACGCCCCUCACGCCCGGAGCUCCUCCCCCACCCCGCGCGGCCCCUCCCCCACCCCGGUUUUGGUGUUGGAAUUUCGGUUUUUUAAUAAAUGGGUGAAAAAAGCGGAAUUUGGGGUUGGGGCGGCCACGCCCGUCUGGUGCUUCACGCGAUUGGGAGGAGGCCGAGGGGGCGGGGCCUGCGCGGAGCCGCUGGGGGAGGAGCCGCUGCCAUUGGCCGAUUGCUGCCUGAACCCCGCCUAUGGCUACAGGCCCCGCCCACAGAGCCACUGCCGCUCCUGCCGUGACCCCGGUGACCCCGGUGACCCCGGCGUGCCCGCGGUGACGCCGCUGUCCCCGUGUCCCGGUGGCAGCGCGGGCGCCUGGGGGCCGUGGGAGCCCUGGAGCAGCUGCUCGGUGACCUGCGAGGAGGGGACACAGAGGAGGGACGCAGCCGCAGCCCCGGGGGACACGGCGGGACAGCACCGAGUGGCAGCUGAGAGCGUGUGA